AUGCUCUUCAACAAACUCGCCACGCUUGCCGCCGUUACAGGCUUGGCCCUUCUUACGCCGACUCACGGGGCUGCCGACGAUAAAGCCGUUAUGCAAUCUGUUGAGGCUCGUGCCAACGUCCGCUUGGCCACCUGCUGGUACACACUCAACUGCGGUGGUUUAGGUCAGGCCGUCAAUGGACCGACUUUGUCUACGACCAACAUACAAGGCAACACCUGCUCGUCCAUCAAGGCAGCCGCUGGCUCAAAGAUCAACAAGGCCUGCGUUGGCUUCGGCUGCUCGGGCAAAUGCGUCGACCUCUCGGCGACGGCUUGUUCCCCGGUGCCCAACAAUGGGUCCUCCUUCCACAGCGUAUGCGUGUGA